AUGUCGGCCACAGUUGAAACGAGUUUGAAACAAAAAAUAUGCAACUCCGUGGAGAUACCCAUAUUAACAAGAUGCUGCUUCUGCUUCCCGCUCAGAAAGGGGCUUAUCGUCUUUGCUUAUGCCAACCUGAUUUUAACCAUCGUGGUGACUGCACUGCUCUCCAUGUAUAUUUCUUACAUCCGAAAUAUGGAGAUAACGAACGUGUCAGAGUUUCCCCGCCUUAUAGCGGAUACUACGGCGCUGGUGCUAGAAGUCGCCAUGUCUAUUACUUUCAUAGUCGCAUUGCAUAAGAAACACGUAUUGCUGAUGAAAAUAUACCUCUACUUCGAGAUUGUAUUCUCCAUCAUCGGAUUUGUGUACAGCCUUGCCUUCUUGACCAGCGAGACUGCCAGUGAGCUGUUCCUGAUACUCUUCCAACUAAUGUUACAAAUUUACCUGGUGAUACUCAUUUGGAGUUCAAUCGUGAAAAUGGAAAGAGACGGUACGGUCAAGUACACACGAGAAAGAGAUCCCGUCUAA